UAAUGAAGAAGCUUAGUCAGUAGAUGAAAAAGAUUGCUGGUAGAAAUAGUUUUUAAGAAUCUCCAUAAAGACAAGAAAAGAAAAAUAUUAAAUCAAGUCUUGGAACAGUAAAAACAGAAAGGCCUGUAGAAAAAGGAAAAGCAAAAUUACUUGAUUAUUUUAAGAGGGAACGAAAUUCCUUAGCUUAAGCUGUUAAUACAAUGAGAUCUAAAUUAAAAGGUAGCAAAAGUAUUGAUAAUGUGUUUUUGCAAACAUUAAAAAGUGAUCGAGUAAAAACUUCAUAACCCAAUGUAAUUAAUAUGAUUAUUAAAAUUUUAUAGAUAGCAGAAUUAAGAGUUCAUACUGAUGAAGGUAAUAAUUCUAAAAGACCAACUUUGAAAAACAAGAAUCUUUCAUUAGCUACAGUGUCCUUAGAAGUAAUCAUUUAAUUAAUAUUAUUUUAGAAAAAAGAAUUUUUUAAGCAUCCUUUAACAACUAAAACAUCAUAUAAUUAAACACCUACAGGAUAAAGUAAACCAUAAUUAAAAAAAUAAAAGUAGAAAGAUUAAUACUUAUUCGAUAUGGUAAAAAUAUAUUUAAUAUAUAUAAGUUGAAAAAUGCUUAAAUGAUAUAAAACUAAUAUCAAAAAUACUUUAAUUAAAAAUUAAAUAAACAGUCUAUUCUUUCAGAUACUUCCACUAAUCAUAGAUAAUCAAUUGAAGAUAUCUUAAUUUAUUAAAAAGGUCAUAAAGUAUCUUCAUAAAUAAUCUAAUAAAAACCUAUUAAAAAAACAGAUAAUGAAUCAAAAUCUAUGAAUUAAGGACAUUCAAAAACUGAAUAAACUCCUUAACCAAAACAAAUAAACAAAACAAAAAAUGAUGAAAUAUUAGAUUAUGAUCCUAAAUAGAAACUUUAAAUAAUUUUAUACUAUAAAAACUCAAAGUAUUAUUAUAUCUUAUUUUUUAAAUAGAUAUUAUUACUUAUUUGAUUUUGCUAAUUAAUCAACAUGCAAUCUAUAUAAUUAUUUAAUCCAAUAAAUAGCAAGUAUUGAAAAAAACCAUGUACAAUAAAAUGGAUCUACUGAUGAUGACUAAAUUCAAGCUGGUAAGAUUUCCUGAAUACUUUAGAGAUCAAAACUAUUUGUUAAUUUUGCACAAUUCAAAAAAAAGUUCCAUUUGAUUAUUAUUUAUCACUUCCUGAUUUGAGUUUGUCAGUAUUUUAGGGUAUUACACUAUCUUUAGAACCUUUGUAUUCAUAACCUUAAACUACUAAAAAAGUUGGCUUAAAAGAUUUUCAAUUAAUAAAAUGCAUAGGUGUUGGAGGAUUUUCAAGAGUAUACUUAGUUAGAAAGAAAGAUAAUGGAAUAUUUUAUGCUUUAAAAUUGAUUGAUAAAAAAUUUAUUAUUGAUAAUAAGAAAGAAAUAAUAGUAUAAAAUGAAAGGGAUAUCAUGAUUAAAAUGGACAAUUAAUAUAUUAUACCACUUCAUUAUGCAUUUGAAUCAAAAUUUUAUAUUGCAUUUGUUUUAGAAUAUUGUGCAGGAGGUGAGUUAUUUUAUCAUUUAAGAAAAUUGAAAAAAUUAAAUGAAUAAGAUGCUAAAUAUUAUUUUGUUGAAAUAUGUAUAGGAAUGGCUUAUCUACAUUCUUAAAAUAUUGUUUAUAGAGAUAUAAAACCAGAAAAUAUUUUAUUAGAUUUGUAAGGUCAUUUAAUGUUAAGUGAUUUUGGACUCUCUAAACCUGAUAUGGCAGCAGAAGAUUUUGCUUAUUCAUUUUGUGGUUCUCCUGAAUAUAUGGCUCCUGAAAUGCUUAUGAAAACAGGUCACAAUUAUUUAGUAGAUUGUUAUUGUUUAGGAGCAUUGUUAUAUGAAUUAGUUUCAGGUUUACCUCCUUUUUAUUCUCAUAAUACCCAAGAAAUUUAUAGUUCAAUUUUAACAGAAAAUGUUUAAUUUCCUGAUUAUGUUUAAAUUUCAAAUUAACUAAAAGAUUUGAUUAUUGCUCUUCUUUAAAAGGAUCCUACAGAAAGAUUAGGAUAAAAAGAAGGUGUUAUUGAAAUUCUAACUCAUCCAUGGUUUAGUGAUGUUGAUUUUGAAAAGGUUGUGAAUUGUAAAUUACCUACUCCUUAUAAACCAGAACCUUUAAAAUAUAAUUUUGAUGAAGAGGAGUUCAAUAAAGGGGAUGCUGAAUUCAGGAAAUAAUUUGCCAUAAAUAUGUUGAAUGAAUUUCAAGUAAUUAUUAUAUUAAAUAUUUCUUUAGAAUGUUGACACAGCAAAAUAUCAAUUAUCAAAUUUUUAUUAUUAAAAAGUUAAACAAGAUGAAUAUAUAAAUAGAACUAAUAUAGUGAAUAUUAAUAAGUUAAGUUCUGAAUUUUUAUAAAAAGAACCAUUAUCUCCAUCAAGAUAAAUAUUAAAUAAAACUAAAGUAAUAUAUAUAUAUAAUAUAUAUUAUAGCAUUCUCCUUAUGAAAGUAAAAAGUCAUUAAAAUCAAAUACAAAAAGUGAAUGUAAUGAUUAUUUCAAGAAGCAUAAUCUUUUGACUAAGUCUUCUUAAAUAAUGUAAGAAUCUCUAAAAUUUGGUCAUGGUUAUUCAAAAACAUAAUAACAAUCUCAAAUUUCGAAUUAAGAAUUAAAAGUAACUUAAGUCUUAAUAUAUUUAAGAAAUUGAAACUUAUGUUUGAUUAAUCAAAAUAAUUAUUAAGUUCAGAUAGAUUAACUACAAUCCCUGAUUAAAAUUAAAAGAAUUAAAUUGAAAGGAUUAAGACGGAGCAAUUUGGUAAUUUGCCAUCUCCUAAAACAACCACUCAUAGUACUUUGAACAAAUUAACUAAAUAUCAAAAGUUAUUUGGAUCAGAAAAGAGAAAAAAAUGA